GCCGCAGAAGAGUAAAAGAUUGUCCGCUGUUGAUUGAGAAGUGCAAAAUAGCUGCACAUGGAAGCUGAGUGGCACCAGUGGAGUGAAAGUGAGGAAGACAUCGCCUCAGAGGAAGAAGAGACAACAUAUGAGUGCUGCGUCAACGACCCGAGCUGCCAUCCACGACUGAAUAGUGAUAUUGAGAUAGUCAGGAGCCUUUAUUCACACAAUUCAGUCACUGUCGGGGAAUAUCAAUCAAUUGAUCAAGUGGAUGUUGAUCUGAACAUUAGCGCCAACAUUUUGAAUGAGGACGUGGCUAAGGCCUGGAGAGUUAAUACAUCUGAGCCCAUCGUUGUCCGCCUACACUUCUCUUUGUCUCAAUAUCUCGAUGGCCCCGAACCGUCGGUGGAAGUCUUUCAGUCAUCUAAUAGACACCAUUUCAAUCUUGGAAAGCAACUGCAAAGCGUUUUAGCCGUCUUCAUCUCCCGGGAGUGGAACCAUUUGACGAAUGAGAACAUGAUAGUGAAACAGAGGAGAAGACACAGCUGGUUCAGGCCUGGUGGAACCAUGAAGAAAUUCCGUGCAAGACUCAGCAUCUGGCUGCCACUCUCGAGAUCAAACACACUCCAAGAUCGCAGCCUGAGGGGAAGGAUUAUUUUGCCCCCCAUGAAACUGAACCAUUUCGCCAAUCACACGACAUCCUAUAACAUCAAGAAUCCAUCAGGAGAACUCUUCACUUACACACCUAGUGGAAAGAGGGUUGCUGUGUCAGGCGUGAAGUCGUCAGCUCAGCUCAGCACCAAACAGCUGAUAGAGCUGCUGUUCUUCUCUCAGGCCAUAGGACACUGUAAGACCACCCCGACUCUGCAUCAUGGCUUCUUGAUGCAGGUUAUGAGGUACGCAGAGCAGAGGAUCCCCACAUUGAAUGAUUACUGCGUGAUUUGCGACGAGAAGCAUGUUUUCCAGAAUGGUCCCAUGUUGAAGCCUGCCGUUUGCACCAGGGAACUGUGCGUCUUUUCCUUUCACACCAUGGGAGCGAUUGCAGGCGCCACAGAGGAGGUGGCCACCGGUGCAGAGGUGGUCGACUUGCUGGUGGCAAUGUGUCGGUCAGCUCUGCAGUCGUCACGUAAAAGCAUCAUAUUUGAACCGUACCCAUCUGUCGUUGAUCCAAAGAACCCCAAAAUGCUGGCCUUUAGUCCAAAGAGAAAGAGCUAUGAAAGGUUGGAAAAAGCUCUGGACAGUGUCCUGCUGGUUAGGAGCAUGACACAGGGUUCAUAUUCUGAAAUCAAAAAGCAGAUGGAUAAGAUAGACCCUCUCGCCCUUCCUUUACUGCAAUGGAUUUUAUCGAGCAACAGAUCUCACAUUGUCAAGCUUCCCGCCACCAGGCAACUGUCAUUUAUGCACACGCCUCACCAGUUCCUGCUCAUCAGCAGCCCCCCGACCAAAGAGGCUCGUUUUCAAACUGCACGCAAACUCUAUGGCAGCACCUUUGCCUUCCACGGUUCCCACAUUGAAAACUGGCAUUCCAUUUUAAGAAAUGGACUUGUGAAUGCCUCCAAUACCAAAUUCCAGAUGCAUGGAGCUGCGUACGGCAAAGGGAUCUAUUUAAGCCCAAUCUCAAGCAUAUCGUUUGGAUAUUCUGACAUGGGCAAGGGACAACACCAGAUACCCACUAAAGAAGAACUCCUGAAGAAAUGUAAUCGGAUAAAUAGAAUCCAACAAGAUCUCCCUUGCAGGUUUCUUGAAAGCAGGAACCUAAACUGUGUCGCACUUUGUGAGGUCAUCACGUCAACGGAUCUUAAAAAGCACGGGAACAUCUGGGUGUGUCCCAUACCCGACCACGUGUGCACACGUUUCCUCUUUGUGUAUGAAAAUGGUUGUGUGGGAGAUGUCCACAUCAACACUCAGGAAGAAGAGAUCCAGAGUCAAAUUUUAGAGGUCAUUGCAACCAAGCCCAGCUGAAAAAAAAUACAACAAAUCACGGAGGACAUGGAAAAGUGUCAUUACACAAUAUGAAGUAGCAUUUUUCCACAGAGGUCUUGUUUUGAGAGAAAAAAAAUUGUCGAAACUAGAAUUGAAAAUGUUUU